CAAAAUUUAACUUUUGCUCAGGAUCAGUCCAUCAGACGAGAAAAAGUGGUGGGUUUCAAAGACGAGGAAGCAACGCUAUUAGGUUAUCUCAUGGAUGAGAAGGAGAAGCUUGAUGUCAUCUCCAUCAUCGGUAUGCCUGGCUUGGGGAAGACAACUCUGGCGUGGAAGAUUUUUGAGAAUGAACAGAUCUGUUUUGAGUUCCCAAUACGCAUUUGGGUUUAUGUUUCUCAAAGGUUCAACAGUCGGGAUGUGUUUCUCAACAUUCUGAGAAAAUUCACUAGCAACGACAUGUCUGGCCUUAGUGAUGAGGAGUUAGCCCAGUCAGUUCGUGUGUGCCUGUCCAAAGAGAAAUUCUUGUUGGUAAUGGAUGAUGUGUGGAGCCCUGAGGACUGGCAAGUCAUAAAAACUGUACUGCCUAGUAGCAAUAAAUUGAGUAAGGUCAUGAUCACGAGUCGUCUGAAAACUGUUGGUGAACGUGCUAAAGUUGGCCACUUCACGGAGCCCCACAAUCUGCGUUUCUUCAAACUGGAGGAAAGUUGGGAACUGCUCCAAUUGGAGGUAUUUGGGAACGAAGAAGGUUGCUACACUGACCAGUACAGGGAGUUGGUAGACAUUGGAAUGAAAAUAGCUGCCCAGUGUCAUGGAGUGCCUUUGACAGUUGUGGUGGUUGGAGGCAUUCUUGUAGAUUUAUUUGUCAAAACACAUGUAUCCCAUCUUCUGAAAAAGUUUUGGGAUGAUGUGUCUGAUAAUGUGAGCAAGUUUGCGCAGAAUAACGAGGAGAAGCGCAUAUCAGAAGCUGUUGAGUUGAGCUACAAAACAUUGCCCGAUCACUUAAGAGAAUGCUUUCUCUAUAUGGCUGUGUUUCCUGAAGAACACGUGAUCCCAGCUUGGAUGCUGACACGCAUGUGGAUUGCAGAAGGAUUCGUACUGCCUAAACAAGGAAGUUUGGAGGAAGCUGCAGAGCAAAAUUUAAGUGAUCUUGUCGGUAGGAACUUACUCAUGCUUGAUCAUAAAAACCUAAUGGGUGAAAUAAAAACAUGUCGUGUCCAUGAUAUGAUUCGUGAAUUUUGCAAAAACAUAGCUGUGGAGCAGAAGUUAUUCCAAGAGAUAAGGAAAAAUAAGGGAGUAUUUGAACCUCCUGUUUCUGAGGUCCAGAAGUUCCACCGUCUUUGUUUCCAUUCCGAUCUCCCCACAUUCUUCUCUAAAAAACCAAAAGGUCCUCAUGUUCGUUCCUUCUUAUGUUUCUACAAGGAGCCUGUAAACUUGGAAGACAAAUACCUACCAUCAAUUCCAGAUGCCUUCGAGUUGCUCAGAGUUUUAGAGUCAAUAUCCAUCAGAUUCCGUCAAUUUCCUGCAAAGGUGACCAAAUUGAUUCAUUUGAGGUAUGUCACUCUAUAUAUUGAGGAAUUCUCUAUUCUUCCGGAGCCCCUCUCCCAGCUAUGGAACCUACAAACUCUUAUUGUGGAGACAAAGUCACGUUCCAUUACCAUGAAGGCAAAUAUAUGGAAGAUGUAUCGUCUGAGGCAUCUCAAGUUGAAAGCAGCCAUAGUCUUGGACCCAAAAUGGAAUGGUGAAGGUGGCGAAAACCUCCAAACACUCAGCAGAUUGGCACCCGAAUCUUACACAGCAAAGGUUUCCGAAAGGGCCUGCAAUCUCAUUGAAUUGGGAAUUCGUGGUAAACUAGCCACUCUUUUUAGUGACAUGUCCAUGGAAAACUUGGGUUUUCUUGAAAAGCUGAAGCUGAUGAAUGAUGUACCUACCGACUCUGAACCUCUCCCUCGCCUCCCUCAGUCCAGUUCCUUCCCUCCAAAUCUCAAAAGGUUGACAUUGUCGAAAACAUUCCUUGAUUGGAAGCAUAUGUCCACAUUAGCUGAGAUCCAAAGCUUGGAGGUCUUGAAGCUGAAAGAGAAUGCAUUCACUGGAACCUCCUGGAAUGCUGCUGCUAGCGUUUUCGAAAAUCUGCUAGUCUUGGUCAUCAUAGAUGCAGAUAUAGUUUUGUGGGUGGUUUCAACUGACAGUUUUCCUCGUCUUAGCUCUGUUGUCCUUAAGAACUGUGACAAACUAGAACAUAUUCCAGUUGAGUUAGGCCAGAAGUUGAAGUUUAUGGAGAUUGAGCGCAUUCACAGAUCAGCAGUUGAAUCAGCCAAGAGGAUCGAGGAGGUAAAAAGGGAGGAGGAAGAGCGGAGACCCAAAGAGCGGGUUCAGUUCAAGCUCCAAAUCGGCCCUGGAUGUGGGAGGGGACCUAACUGAUUAAGAGAAAUACCAUCCAUCUUUACUAGAUUAAAGUUCAACGGAGACGCUCAAUUUCUUUCGGCGGUUGCAGACGGAUGUGUUGUUUGUUAGUUCACUGAUGCAAUUUGACAUGGUUUGAGGUUAUGUUUGUUUUUUACAAUGUUUGUUGUAUUCUCUACUUUUGAUAUUGUCUGAUCUGGAACUCUAGUUCGGAACUUAAUGUGAGUUAUGUUGUGAGCUUCCUCUCACACCAAUAAAUUAAACAACUUUUGUUGUAAGCUAUUUAUAAAAAUUGAGGAAUGUGAUGCUUUCUUAACUUGGCCAUGCUACUAUAUAAGUUGUAUAGCAGGAAAGUGAAAGUUUGUGAUCAAUGUUAUCCAUUUUGAGAGGCCACACCCGGAUUGUUAGUAUGAGAAAGUACUCGUUUCGUUUGGCCCACGUAGAGUAAAAAUCCAAAUUUGAGUUUUGAUUUAAAGGAAAAUUGCAUUUAAAUAAUAUUUUUUUAUUGUUUUGGUUAUACUCAUUAAUUUUUAAAAUAGAGAAUUAAAUUUUAACUUUUGUACC